AUAAAGUGGAGAGAACGGCGCUGUGUGUGCUGUCCUUUCCCGAUAAGCCCGGUGGUUUGCUCAAAUGGGGAAGAAGAAGAACACAACUCUCUCUUCUUCACUAUUUCUUCACUGUCUCUCUCUCUCUUCUCAUCUUCCAUCACUACUAGAACUACUAGUGCUACUACUUAGCCCUUAACCCCACUUUUGAAACAUUAUCAAUUUUCCACUUCCAUUUCUGAUUCCUUAUUCCUUACCCGCCAAACACACCCACAACCCUAACUCACUCUCAUCUCUAAAAUCAACCUCCAUAUUCUGAGAGCUUGUGGAUCAAGGAGCUGUGUGUAAAGCUUAAUUUUUGCAAGUCUACUCCAGAAACCCAAUUCAAGCUUGGAAGUAAUUUCUAGCAAAGGAACUGAUCCCAUCAAGUUUUAAUGCUCAGAUCUGUGAGCUUUGGAUGCUUAAAUCUCAUUUGCUCAUGAAUCUGCAGACAAACGAUCACACUGCUCCAAGCUUGGCUGUACUUGUAAGUUGUAACAAAUCAGAGAGAGCUUGACACCUGUACCAAAUCAAAAACACCCAACAUUGUUCAAGGGCUGAGCUAGGCAAAUUCUGAGACUAAAAAUUGUGCAGUUGCAGGCUUUGCUUUUGGUGAAAGCACUUGUGCUUCUGCAAAAAGCUUAAACGGCCUUCCUGACUUGGACCGUGAUAUAUCACACCGUAAAAAAGGCCUUUUUAUCACUACAGAGCCAAAGUACCUCUCUGAAUUAUCGUCAUCAAUGCAUAGGACACAGUAACCCCACCUGAACUACUCUUCUCAACUCACUAGAACUAGAAUCACAUCCAUCUAAUCAACAAGCACUCUUCUUCAAAGACUCCCUCUUUCUCUCUCUGACCUACCAAAGCUGUCUCUAAAACCCAAUUCAGAACUUGGGUUUUUGUUCAUCGAAUUGGAUGAGUGUUGAGGCAUGAAAGUGAUGCUAUGGAGGUGGAGGAGAUUCAAGCUCAGCAGCCCCGCAAGUUCCCAAGAAUUGGAAAUGGCGGUAGAGGAAGCACUAUAGUCAAGAGCCCAGAUGAGGAAGAAGACGGCGGUCGGGAGCUCAAGAGAGCUGGCGGGGGAGACGCGGGCACUAACCGGCUUAACGGGUGGCACCACUCUCGAAUCAUCAGGGUUUCGAGAGCCUCCGGAGGGAAAGAUCGGCACAGCAAGGUGUGGACUUCAAAGGGGUUGAGGGACAGGAGGGUCCGGCUGUCGGUUACAACCGCUAUUCAAUUCUACGAUCUUCAAGAUCGGCUGGGUUAUGACCAACCCAGUAAGGCAGUGGAGUGGCUGAUCAAGGCUGCGGCUGACGCCAUCGCGGAGCUUCCUUCUCUGAACAGCUCGUUCCCCGACACUCCGAAGCAGCUCAGCGAUGAGAAGAGGGCGAGCAGCGAGCGCGGGUUCGAUUCCGUUGAGCUUGAUGUAGAUGGUGACCCCAAUUAUCACCAUCAAGUGCAGAAUCAUCAUCAGCUUUGUAUGUCGAAAUCUGCCUGCAGUAGUACUUCUGAGACGAGCAAGGGAUCGGGGGGGCUGUCUCUGUCCCGGUCGGAGAUGCGGGUGAACCGGGAUAAGGCCAGGGAGCGAGCCCGGGAGAGAGCAGCCAAGGAGAAGGAGAAAGACAGCAACAACGACGAGUCCUCCCGCAUUGCACAGGCUAUUUCUCAAAAUGCAUCGUUUACUGAGCUUCUCACCGGCGGAAUCGGAAACAACAGGAACAACAGUCCCACCGGUCAUCAGCAGAACAAUCCCAACGGCGAGCCCAUUUUGUUCCACAAGGCAGCACCACCGAUGGACUACUUCGGGUCGAGUCUUCUGGGACUUUCCUCCACCCCAACCCGAAACCACCAUCAAUUCUCCGGGCAAAUCCACCUGGGGAAUUCGCUCCCCCAGACAAUGUUCAGCAUCUCCGGUGACCACAACCACAGCCACCCGGAGAUGCAGCAUUUCUCGUUUGUUCCCGACUACAUCCCUGUCUCGGCAGCGGCCAACGGCGGCGAAUACAACCUCAACUUCUCCAUGUCUUCUUCCGGCGGCCUUGCUGGUUUCAAUAGGGGGACCCUUCAGUCCAAUUCAUCAUCGUCACCUUCUCUUUUGCCUCACCUCCAGAGGUUCUCUCCCAUGGACGGAUCGUCCAGUGUACCUUUCUUCAUCGGAGCUGCCGCCGCAGCCGCAGCUCCAACCAUGGAGAACCACCAGUUCCCAGCUGGAUUGCAGCUCUACGGCGACGGAAGCCGGCAUUCAGACCACAAGGGAAAAGCAAAGAACUGAUCUUUUUUCUGAAAACUGAAGCGAAAGAAGUAAUGACAAGCUGCAAGUGAUGCAUGCUUCCUUCAUCGGAUGACACCUUACUAUAAUGUAAUGUUUCUGAAGUUGGUGGUAUUUCUGGUUUAACCAUUUUGAAGUCAUUCAGCUUGCAUUCCUUCAUUCGGAGAAAUAUUUACAUUUAUGGUUUACCUAUGCGUGUCUGCUUUGAAGAUGUAACUGACCAUUCGAUUGGAGUUAUUCUUUUCUCCCUUCCUCCCAAUUGUUCUUAAAUGUUUAUACAAUUUAAGAGAAGUAAUUAACCUUGUGAAAUGUAUUUGGUUUCUGAAGCUGAAUAUC